AUUGGCCUCAGGGAGGAGGGGCCGAGCACAUUUUCUCCGUUAGCUCUGUACUUUCUGCCUCUAUUUGCUCAGUCCUCCUCCACGUUGUAAUAUCAGGACUGUACAGCCGCCUGUGGACCUAUAUUUAUAUCCUAAGGUGGAGAAACUAGAAAGUAAUUAAAUAUGGAAAGUGACCAGAAAAGAGUAGCCAAUGGGAUGGAGGAUAAAAGCCAAGCUAAUGGGCUCGGAGAAGUUCAAGUGGACGUCGUAGACCCCAGCCCACCGAAAAGCAAAAAAAAAGGACUUUUCUCCAGGAAAAAAGAGAAGAAAAAAGAAGAAAAACCAAAGAUGGUCAGCGCCUUCACAAUGUUCCGGUAUUCUGGAGGACUGGACAAACUUCUGAUGUUGGUUGGAACGAUAGCAGCGAUGGCCCACGGGGCCUCUCUGCCGCUCAUGAUGCUCGUCUUUGGAGAAAUGACGGACAGCUUUGUUGAUGUUGCGAAGAACAUGACCAUGGAUGACUUGAUAAACGCAUCGAUAAAAUUCCAAGAUGACAUGACGACGUAUUCCUAUUAUUACAGCGGGCUAGGAUUUGCCGUGCUUCUUGCUGGUUAUAUCCAGAUCUCAUUUUGGACACUGUCUGCUGGCCGACAGAUCAAGAAAAUAAGAAAGCAUUUCUUCCAUGCGGUGCUCAGGCAGGAGAUCAGCUGGUUUGAUGUCAACGACGCAGGAGAACUGAACACCAGGCUGACGGACGAUGUCCAAAAAAUCAAUGAAGGCAUUGGAGAUAAGAUAGCCUUGCUGCUGCAGUCGAUGGCUACUUUCAUCACCGGCUUUAUUAUCGGCUUUGUGAGGGGCUGGAAGCUGACCCUGGUUAUUCUGGCAAUCAGUCCCGUAAUGGGACUUUCAGCGGCUAUUUGGUCAAAGAUAUUGUCAGCCUUUACUAACAAGGAGCUGACGGCUUACGCCAAAGCUGGGGCGGUGGCCGAGGAGGUUCUCGCGGCCAUCCGGACCGUUAUAGCCUUUGGGGGGCAAUCUAAGGAAAUUAAGAGGUAUGAAAAGAAUCUAGAAGAUGCCAAAAAGAUAGGCAUCAAGAAGGCAGUCACCGCCAACGUGUCCAUGGGGUUUGCAUUCUUAAUGAUCUAUGCAUCCUAUGCACUGGCGUUUUGGUAUGGAACCACUCUGAUUCUACAAGAAGAAUACACUAUUGGGAAAGUGCUGACAGUAUUCUUUGCCGUCAUUAUCGGAGCUUUUUCCAUAGGACAAGCAUCACCCAAUAUUGAAUCAUUUUCCAACGCCAGAGGAGCGGCUUAUACUGUAUUUAACAUUAUAGACAGUGAACCUAAAAUAGACAGUUUUUCCACUAAAGGGUUUAAACCCGACAAGAUAAAGGGAGACAUAGAAUUCAGAAAUGUGAAGUUCACCUAUCCAUCCAGGACUGAAGUCCAGGUUUUGAAAGGUUUGAACCUUACGGUUCCCAGUGGUCAGACGGUGGCUCUUGUGGGGAGCAGCGGUUGUGGAAAAAGCACAACGGUCCAGCUCAUUCAAAGAUUUUAUGACCCAGAAGAAGGCACGAUCACUAUUGAUGGGCAAGAUAUUCGUAAUAUGAACAUCAGAUACUUAAGAGAGAUGAUUGGAGUGGUGAGCCAAGAGCCCGUCCUGUUUGGUACCACUAUAGCUGAGAAUAUCCGCUAUGGCCGGGAGGAUGUGACCAUGGAGGAAAUUGUACAAGCCACAAAGGAAGCCAACGCCUACAACUUCAUCAUGAAGCUUCCAGAUACAUUUGACACUCUUGUGGGAGAGAGAGGAGCUCAGCUCAGUGGGGGUCAGAAGCAGAGAAUCGCGAUUGCCAGGGCCCUGGUUCGGAACCCCAAAAUUCUUCUUCUAGAUGAAGCCACAUCUGCUCUGGACAUGGAGAGUGAAGCUGUUGUUCAGGCAGCUCUGGAUAAGGCUAGAGAAGGCCGGACCACCAUCGUCAUUGCUCACCGAUUGUCAACCAUCCGGAACGCUGACACAAUUGCUGGAUUUUAUGAAGGUGUCAUAUCUGAGCAAGGAUCCCACGCAGAACUCAUGAAAAAAGAGGGAAUUUACUAUAAGCUUGUCACAAUGCAGACAAUCAACACCGAGGAAGAUGAUGGAAGCCAAGUGGAGGACACCGCCAAUGAAAAAAGCAAGUAUUAUGCAAACCACACCGAAACCAAGACAUCAUUGAAGAGGAAAUUAAGUCGUCUCAACAGUGUGAAGACACCUGAAGAAGAAGAGAAGAAAGAGAAGAAUGGAGAAGAUCAAGAGGUCACAGAUGUGCAGCCAGUCUCUUUUUUCAAAAUCAUGAGGUUGAACAAACCUGAAUGGCCGUACUUUGUUGUUGGGGUCAUUUGUGCCGCUAUAAAUGGAGCUACACAACCAGCCUUUGCCAUUAUAUUCUCUAAGAUUAUUGCGGUCUUUGCCGGCGCGAAUGAUGAGAUAAGAUCCAAAAGCGACAUGUUUUCUUUGAUAUUUUUGGGACUGGGAGGCGUCUCUUUUGUGACUUUUUUCCUCCAGGGGUUCACGUUUGGAAAGGCGGGAGAGAUUCUGACCACGAGACUCCGCCUGUUGACCUUCAAAUCGAUGUUAAGACAGGAGAUUGGCUGGUAUGACGACAAGAAGAAUAGCACCGGAGCCUUAACUACACGACUGGCCACCGAUGCAUCCCAAGUUCAGGGGGCCACCGGGUCCAGACUGGCCAUUAUGACUCAGAACAUUGCAAACCUGGGCACUGCCACCAUCAUUUCCUUCAUCUACGGAUGGCAGCUAACCCUCCUUAUCCUGGCAAUAGUACCCAUCAUUGCAGUCUCUGCGCUGCUUCAAAUGAAAGCAUUUACUGGACAUGCCAAGAAGGACAAAAAGGAGCUCGAAGCCGCUGGAAAGAUCACCACUGAUGCUGUAGAAAACAUCCGCACCGUGGUCUCCUUAACACGAGAGAGGAGGUUCGAGGACAUGUAUGAUGAAAAGCUGGUGGGACCCUACAUGAAUUCCAUUAAGAAGGCGCACAUCCAUGGAGCGACUUUCGGAUUAUCUCAAGCUAUCAUGUACUUUGCUUAUGCCGGGUGUUUCCGAUUUGGGGCAUGGCUUGUAGCAAACAAUCACAUGACUAUGGAGAAUGUAUUCCUGGUAUUUUCAGCCAUUGUAUUUGGAGCCAUGGCAUUGGGUCAGACCAGUUCCUUUGCUCCAGACUACGCUAAAGCAAAGAUGUCAGCUGCUCAUAUAUUUAAUCUGCUAGAGAGGCAGCCUCUUAUAGAUAGUUACAGUGAUGCCGGCCACAAACCGUCAAAAUGUGAUGGGAACGUCAGAUUCCGGGGAGUUCAGUUCAACUAUCCAACACGACCAGAGGUGCAGGUGCUUCAAGGACUAGACAUCAGCGUGGGAAAGGGAGAAACCCUGGCGCUGGUGGGCAGCAGUGGAUGCGGGAAAAGUACCACCGUCCAACUUCUGGAGAGAUUCUAUGACCCACUGAAUGGACACGUGACCGUGGACGACUCUGACGUGAAAGCUAUGAACAUCCAGUGGCUCCGGGCACAGAUGGGCAUUGUGUCUCAGGAGCCCAUGCUGUUUGACUGCAGUAUAGCGGAGAAUAUCGCCUAUGGAGAUAACAGCCGGGAGGUGCCAUUCGAAGAGGUUGAAAGAGCAGCCAAGGCGGCCAAUAUCCAGACCUUCAUUGAAUCGCUCCCCAAUAAAUAUAACACCCGUGUGGGAGAUAAGGGGACGCAGCUCUCCGGGGGUCAGAAGCAGAGGAUUGCCAUAGCACGAGCGCUGGUCCGUCAACCGAAAAUCCUACUGCUGGAUGAGGCCACAUCUGCUCUGGAUACAGAGAGUGAGAAGGUUGUACAAGAAGCUCUGGACAAAGCGCGGGAAGGUCGCACAUGCAUCGUCAUCGCUCACCGACUGUCCACCAUUCAGAACGCGGAUAAAAUCGCCGUGAUCCAGAAUGGAAAAGUGAUAGAACAGGGGACACAUCAGCAGCUCCUGCAGAUGAAGGGGGUGUAUCAUUCACUGGUCACGAUACAGCUCGGACCCACAUGAGAAGGACAUUAUGACCCUGAUCAGGGGCAGGAAGACAUAUACACAUUCAAACCGUGUUAAUGUGAAACCAAAGACCAUUAAAGGGCCAGUACUAUGGACGGAACCCUUGUGCCAGGCAGGCUGGACCAUAGCAAGUGCAGAUCUCUCUCUCUGUCUUUAAUCCUAUAUAAAAAUGACCAAAUGUAAAAUGACAAAAAGUGAUGUUAUGUUGUAUAUAAAUUGGUCGCUACUUGAAAGAACUGUGGCCACUGAGCCUCAUAACAGGCUGAUACUUCCUGUUCUGUAGAGAUCACUUCUCCGCAGUCAUCUCAUUAUCAUCACAGGCAGGAUUGCAAUAAGAAUUGAUAACACAGGGUCCACAAUUCACAAUAAGUAAUGAUCACAGCUUACCUCCUCCCCCUCUCUGCACAAUGACCACUUUACAGGCCAAAUGAUUGCACUACCACUACUGUACUUCGCAGUGUAUGGCGGGAGGAAGCAAAGGUGCUAGAAAAGGUGCUGAUAUAGGGAACAGGAUAAUGAGAGAGAGCUGUACUGUAUGAUGGCAGAAUGUACUCUUGUCAUAUGAUGGUUGGAAAUGCCAAAUAAUUUGCUUAUUCUUAAGUUAAAGGGGUCCUCUGUGAUUUCAAUAAAGGGUGGGCAGUUUUUCCAUAAACAGCACCACUCUUCUCCAUGGGCUAUGUACGGUAUUGAAGCUCAGCCUCAUUCGGUCCUGAACUGCAAUACCAGACACAGCCUAUGGAGAAGUUGUUACUGAAAAAACUGCCCACCUUUUAGUAUAAAUCUCAGAGGACCCCUUUAACUGUAAUAUUUUGGUAUUAAUAAUUUUUCAGUAAUAAAACGACCUGCAAUGGUGUGUUAACACCAUAAGGAUCAUGCCUGUAAGUCACCAGUGUGUACAGUGAAUGCCCAGAAAAAUACUUCCUAUGCAAAUCAGAUCCAAAGUGCCCCGUGGGCGGGAUUUCCUUUUCAAAGUGCCCAAGCCCUCCCCUUAGCCCGAUGCCUGCUCCUCCCCCAACUUCCCUACCCUUUUUCCCAUCUCCCCUGACGUCACAGCGGUUUGAUACCAAAGCCCGCGCAGGCACCCUCUGAGCCCCUUCUGGUGCCUGAGGGAUAUACUCUGCGCAGGCGCUGGGACCCUACACCUUGGAUGAUCGGCGCAUCAGAAGGGCCCGGCACAAAAUUUGUCAAGGGACAGGGGAGGAAGGCUUGGGAAGUUAGAGGAAGAGUAGAGAACGGGGAAAAGAGGAGGGCUUAGGCACUUUGAAAAGGAAAGCCCGCCCACUGGGCACUUUGGAUCCGAUUUGCAUAGCGAUAAAAGUUAUUUUUUGGGGCACUUACUGCACACACUGGCGACUUACAGGUACAAUCAGAGUGGUUUUACCAUGUACUGCUGACUAUUGCAGGAAUUUCAUUAGUGAAAUGUGGGUGAGAAAUUCCCUUUAAUGUUUUGUAUACUGUUAACAUAUUAUAUAUCUCAUAUUUAAGAACUGGUUUUGAUCACUUGAUAAUUUACAAGACAGAAAACAGAGGGUAGUUCUGUCGCUGCUGCUACCUCUCCAUUUAGUUUUUUUUUACCACUCCAGCACUGGAAUUAAGUUUUGAGUAGAGUGUUUAAAAAUAAAAAAAACUUCUUUAGCAUUUCAAUUUGAUGGUUUCUUUGGGUUUACUUUACAAUAAGGCAUAUGAUGAAAGGGCCAGGUAAUGCCAUGCAGCUAGCUUGGAG